CUCUUCAGGUUCUUCUGGAUCAGUCCACGAAGGCGAACUCUCCUCUGAAGGGCCACGAGCGCACCGUGCAGUACCUCCAGAGACUGGGAGUGGAGAAUAUGGGAAUAAUCUUCGAGUUUUCUCCCUGGGUGUUGAAGAUCUGUCCUGAGGACGGUCUCAAGAUCUUCACGGAGGACUUGACGGAGGUGGAGACGAUGCCCCGAGACAAGGUGCUGAACUUCCUGAAGGAGGGCUUCAAGGAGCUGGCCGUCCCGUACCUGGAGCACAUCGUCUACGUUUGGGACGACAAGGGCCCCGAGUUUCACAACGUGCUGAUCCAGCUCUACCUGGAGAGGGUGCAGGGCCUCAUGAAGCAGUACCUCAACUCCCUGCCUGAAGGAGUUCCCCCUGUGUCUGCGGGGAAGGAGGAAGGGGAUCUGGGCGAGUUCAGGAAGAAGCUGCUGUCCUUCCUGGAUAUUUCCACCAGCUACCAGCCGUCCAGACUCAUCAGUGAUUUUCCCUUUGACGGGCUGCUGGAGGAGCGGGCGCUGCUGCUGGGUCGCAUGGGGAAACACGAGCAGGCACUCUUCAUCUACGUGCACAUCCUGAAAGACACACACAUGGCUGAAGAAUACUGUCACAGCCACUACAGCAGUUCAGAGGAAGGGAACAAAGAUGUGUAUCUGUCGUUGCUGCGGAUGUACCUUUCCCCUCCUGAUGUUCACUGCCUGGGGCCGAUCAAGAUGGAGCUGUCGGAGCCUCAAGCCAACCUGCAGGCGGCGCUACACGUCCUGGAGCUGCACCACAGCAAGCUCAACACCACCAAGGCCAUCAACCUGCUCCCGGCUAACACUCAGAUCAGAGAGAUCCGCGUGUUCCUGGAGAGCGUCCUGGAGGAGAGGGCUCAGAGGAAACGCUGCAACCAGGUCCUGAAGAGCCUGCUGCAGGCAGAGUUCCUCCGGGUGCAGGAGGAGAGGAUCUUCCACCAGCAGGCGAAGUGUGUCAUCACCGAGGAGAAGACCUGCCGAGUCUGCAAGAAGAAGAUAGGAAACAGUGCGUUUGCCAGGUAUCCAAACGGCGUGGUGGUGCAUUACUUCUGCUGCAAAGACCGCACCGUGUGUCCCACCGAGCAGUAACACCAACACAACAACAACAACUGUUUACUAAUAAACAAGCUCCUGUCCUGCUGUGUGGAUGUUUUGGAGGAGGUUUCAGGAUGCAGACGUUUCUUUACCCUCAGAGCAAGACCUCCUCCUGGAUCACAGGCUCCUUGCAUGAAGGAACACGAGGAAUGUGCCGGACAAUCACAGGCUGACAUUUAAAAAGCAUGAAGCGCUAGAAGAGACUCACUUCUCAUGGCUUUUGACAGACGCCGAGAGGAAGACGAGGCUCGUUGUUUUCUUUGAGUUUGACCUCCUCCUCCUGUGACGCUGUGCGUGCCUCGCUCUGCAGGAGUUCACUUUCAAGGCCUUUCUGUGACUGAAGAUUGUACUCACAUGAUGCGUGUUAGCAUGUGUCGACACUGACAACACGGCGUCCGUCUCACGUUACUGGUUUUAAUUGAAACAUUUGAGGCGACUUCUACAACUAACAUCAUUCACAGCGAUGUUCUUACAGUCAUUCACCUUCAUCUCUGUCAAGCUUUUGUAAGUGUUCCUGUGUCUGCUUUAUAAGGUGUGUAACGGUCAUACUACUGGAACAAAAUAAUAAUAAUUGAUCAGAGAAAAAGUUGAAUAUUGUCUGAGAUUAAAUAAGUAAUAAACAAGAUUUUAAAACAUA